AACACAGCCAGGCAUUGAAGCUGCAAAGCUAUUCAGUGCAAUUCAACCAGACCAACAAAGGAUUAACCUUGGUAGAAGGCGGCCAGGCUUUGAAGCAGCGAUACUACUCUGUACUAUUGAAGCUGACCAACCAAAGAUUCCCUUAGCUCACCAAACAAGGAUUCCCAUAAGAAGAAAACGGCCAGGCUUUGAGGCUGCAAGGCUAUUCACUGCGAUUCCACCUGGCCAACAGAUUCCCAUAAGACACAGCAACGCGUGGCUGGGCACAGGUGCAGUUGCUGAGUUGCUGAAGAAAUGGCGCUGCGCUUCCGCGCUUUCCUUCCCUUUGCCAUACCCGGGGUGCUGGCGCUCAUUGGAUGGUGGUGGUUUUCGUCGCGUAAAAAGGAGCGGGCCAACAACCACGACAGGCAGGAGCUACCCAGCUUGGAAGAGCACAGAACAGGCUCUGCUGCGAAGGAAGACGCGCAGCCAAGCAAUGAACUCUUGUUGCCUUUGGAAGCCAAAUGGGCUGCUCGGUCUUCGGUAGAACAGAACAACAGCUUGGAUCCUUCAGAUAGAAGAACGACCAUCGGAUUGUGCACGCUUCAGGACGACAGUGAAAAACUAGAAGUGAUGAGGUGUCAAGGUAUGUUGGGAUCCCGAGCACUCGAGUCCUCCCCUCCAGCUGCGCCAAUAGGAAGCGUCAGUGGGGAUUCCACACAAGUUGCAACCCAGGUGCCCGAAGCAAUUUUUAUGACAGGAGUUCUGCCGGACUCAUCUCGUUUGGAGACAUCUGACGAUAACGCUGAAGAUCUAAUAGUCCGGAACGACUCCAAAGAACGCCAGUGUCCUAGCAUUGAUACUGCAAGUGCUGACUCUCUGCCCAUUCCCUGCUCCGAUGUGGCACACACAGCCCCCGCAAAGGAGGAGAUCAUUGGUGGCGCUGUUGUUGAGACGGAGACCACCGACGUUGAGAUGCUCGCUGAACCCACUCGCUCAAAAUUGUCACAGGAAGUAGAGACGUCCAGUUCAAAGGCUGGUAAAACGUUGAACCACUACAGGUAUGGAGAUGAGGGACAGAAGGAGAUGGAGCGGAUCGGAGGCAUCAGGUUGGACAAAGAGGAAGUCGAGAACAUUGAGCAGGUUGCCAUACAUAUAAUUUCCAAUGUCAUCCGAGCAGCCACCGAGGAAGUUCUUUCUGGGUCGGGGAACAAUGUGUCGGACAGGAUCUGUCAAAUGGCCAGUUGUGUCGACAAACACCUGGAGAAGAUGUGCACGAGCGCAGAAUCCAGCACAAUGCGCGACUGCGCAGCAGAGAAGGUCCCUGCCUUAGAACGACCUCCCUUCCUAGAAGGAAGCGCCGAGCAUCAUCCGGUGUUCUCGAGCCACUUGACCCACGGUCGCCUGAGGAACCCCACUUGUGGUCGGUCUCAGGACUCUCUCUUUACUGGGCAGCCUCCCAGCGACGACGCCGUCACCACGGACCAUGAGGAGGAGUCUGAAGACGGACACACAGAAGAUUCCGGCUGCAACGCAUGCGCCUCGGAAGACGGGGCUAGCGCAGAGGACCUUCUGAAAACCCCCUUGUCUCCUGCUUUGCAGCAAUGCCUGGACCUGUUGAACAUGCCCAUCAUCAAGGACUCGGCACUGAGCAAAAAGCCUUUCUCCUCUACGCUCGCAGAAAGCAAGGUGCCCUAUAGCAAUGGGGUGCUGAAGGAGGAAUGCGCCCCUCGGGGCCACGAGCAGGCCUGGUCGGUGGAAGCGGAUGCAGAGCACUCCGGAGACUCAGAUGUAAAUAGCAUGGAUUCCAUGGACAGUGAGUGCGCCCUCCGAAAGAAUGGCAGCUGCCCGAACUCAAAGGCCGGAUCAGACCCUCUCAAGACAGAGCUUGUUAUCUGGGAGAUAGAAAUACCAAAGCAUUUAGUCGGGCGCCUGAUAGGCAAGCAGGGGAGGUCUGUCAGCUUCCUCAAACAAGCAUCCGGUGCCAAAAUCUACAUUUCCACCAUACCUUACACUCAGGACUUCCAGAUCUGCCAUAUAGAAGGCUCUCAGCAAAAUGUUGACAAAGCCCUGAGCUUGAUUGGGAAGAAGUUCAAAGACCUGAGUCUCACCAACAUCUACACGCCGCCCCCUCCCUUGUUGCCUUUGCAUUCCCUCCGCAUGAUCUCCUGGCUCAUGCUUCCGGAAGGGGUCACCGUGGAAGUGAUUGUGGUCAACCAGGUGAAUGCCGGGCACCUCUUUGUGCAGCAGCACAUGCACCCCACGUGCCACGUCCUUCGCAGUCUCGACCAGCAGAUGUUCCUCUGCUAUUCCCAGCCUGGGAUUCCAACCCUACCGACCCCCGUGGAAGUGGGUGCCAUCUGUGCAGCGCCGGGAGUGGAAGGGGCCUGGUGGCGGGCGCAAGUGGUGGGAUACUUCAAAGACGUCGGCGAAGUGGAGAUCAGAUACGUGGACUACGGCGGAUAUGAGAGAGUCAAGAUCGACACCCUUCGGCAAAUCAGGUCUGACUUCGUAACACUACCUUUCCAGGGAGCAGAAGUCCUGCUGGACAAUGUAGUUCCACUGCCAGGUGAUGAUAACUUUUCACCGGAAGCAGACACAACAGUUAGUGAAAUGACCAGAGGGACCCCCCUGCUUGCACAGGUUACAAACUGUGACAGUGCAACAGGCUUGCCUCUAAUACAACUGUGGAGCAUGUUAGGAGAUGAGUUGGUGUCUAUCAACAGGACCUUGGUGGAAAGUGGGCUCGCACAGUGGGUCGAAAACUACUAGGGACGUCUUUCUCUGUUUUCUGGACUAGACUUCCUUCUCCGCCCCCCCCAAACCCCUCAAAACCACCUUAUCCUUUUCCCCUCUUUCUCUCCAAUUUUUGGCACUGUUUCAAAAUUGGGUUUGGCAACUCCCCUUCCUCCCCAUCCCCAAACAUUUACGCUCUCGGCCGGCUGUGAUGUCUUCACCUGACAACAAAGUCUAGAUUGUGUACCUCAUUUUUGCAGGAAGGCCUGGAGUUCGAACCAUAAGCCAUAGGAAAGCGUCGCUUUAACGCCCGUCUCCCCCUUCUCUGCUUCCUCACCCCUGGGUCCAAAAGUGGCAUUCAAAACAAAAAAAAAGAAGAAUAGUAAAUUAUUAUAUGACGGUUAUAAAACAAGGAUGAAAUUGUGCUGAACACACUCCCGUUUCCUGUUGAUCACUGCCUUAAUGUGAGCCGACUUUAUCUGAAAGCGAACCUUUGCUUCCAGAUCCCCCUCCCCAAAAAAAUAUUUAUAUAUUUAAAAAAAAGAAAUGUAAAUCCUGGAAGCGUGUCAUCAUGCACUUUGAUGGCAUUUCUGUGCUUCCAAACAGCAAAAGACAGAUACGAGCAGCCGUGAAAAGCUGAAUAAUAAAGGAUACUGCUGUUUGCAGGUGACUCGAUUAAUUUUUUUUAUAAUUAAGGUUCAUGUAAGAAGCAGGAAAUCACCGUUUUGCAAACCUCCUUAAACGAAGCGAGAACCGUUUUAAUCCCCAGAUCAUUCUUAAAUCGAUUGCCAAGCCUGAUUGUAAUUCAUAACUGUUUUCUAGUUGUGCAAAAACCUGUGUAAAUGUAUAUAAAUUGUAAUAUUUUGUACAAGAGAAAGAAGAAGAAGAAAUAACGGGAGAAACUCAAAAAGGGAACUUCAAGCAAAAUUGGGUUUUGUUUUUCCAUACCAAAUUUUUCCUCUGUAGGUAGAAAUGGUUUGGGGUGUAUUGUUACAGCUGAGCAAAUUAGAAGGUGUGAAGGGUUUUUUUUGUGACCUCUCAUGUACAGGAUGACAUUUGUCCCCUUAGCUUGCUGUAUGGUCAGAACGGUCAUUCACUCUUUGCUACUUUUUUGCUGUACAGAUCUUGACUUAAAAGGGAAAAAAAAAUAAUAUUUGGAAUUAAUAUUGCAGUGGUGUGUCUCAAUUUUUUUUUUUGUUCCUUGUUAUAGAUUGGUUUCGGAAGUGGAAUUGGAAAAAAAGAAAAAGAUAAUUUAACCUAAUUUAAUACUAUUAAAAAUAAAUAAAUUUAAAGAUU